GUGGAUCUGCCUACGCUGAUUGGCUGAUUUUAAACAGAUUUUGUCCGGGAUGUGCACGGAGGGAACGUUCAAACUUGGAACCGCAGAAGCAAGGAAGCGGUGUUGAGAAAAUCGAAUGAUAACAAUUGAUAACAACAAUUUACACGAUGAUGCGUCCUACGAGGGGUAAAACUCCCCGAAGACCUGCCCCCAAGAAGCCAUCAAACAAUCAGAAAGAUCCAGUUGGUGUGUACUGCCGCGUGCGCCCCCUGGGGGCGGAGGACAACGAGUGCUGUAUCGAAGUGAUCAGCAACACCACCAUCCAGCUGCAUGCUCCCGAAGGACUCCGAGCCAACAGGAAUGGAGAGUUCAAAGAGACCCAGUACUCCUUCAAGAGGGUCUUUGGUAUAAAGACGUCCCAGAUGGAACUGUUUGAAGAUGUUGCCAAGCCCUUGGUGGACGACCUCAUUCACAGCAAAAACGGUCUGCUGUUCACCUAUGGUGUGACGGGCAGCGGGAAGACCUUCACCAUGACGGGCUCUCCGGGUCAGGGCGGGCUCCUUCCCCGCUCUCUGGACAUGAUCUUCAACAGCAUCGGACCGUACCAGGCCAAGCGAUUCGUGUUUAAGACUGAUGAUAAGAAUGGCAUGGACGUCCAGACUCAGGUCGAUGCCCUGCUGGAGCGCCAGAAGAGGGAGAACCAACCAGCGGUGGUCCCUAAAACCCCCUCCAGGCAGAGGGUGGACCCCGAGUUUGCAGACAUGAUCACUCCGGCGGAGGCGUGCCGGGUGGACGAGGUAGACGAGGACUCCAGCUACAGCGUCUUUGUUUCCUACAUAGAAAUAUACAACAACUACAUUUACGACCUACUGGAGGAAGUCCCCUUUGACCCCAUCAAACCCAAGUGGAACGGAGGGGGUACUCCUCAGAGGCUGCCAAACCAAGAGUUCAUACCCCCCCAGUCCAAGAUCCUGCGAGAAGAUCAGAACCACAAUAUGUAUGUGUCAGGCUGCACUGAGGUGGAGGUCAAGUCUACGGAGGAGGCCUUCGAAGUGUUCUGGAGAGGUCAAAAGAAGAGGCGUAUCGCCAACACCCAGCUGAACCGCGAGUCCAGCCGCUCCCACAGCGUCUUCAUCAUCAAGUUGGCCCAGGCUCCCCUGGAUGCAGACGGAGACAACAUCCUACAGGUCAUUCAUGAUAAGAACCAGGUUAGCGUGAGCCAGUUGUGCCUGGUGGAUCUGGCCGGGAGCGAGCGGACUAGCAGAACUCGGGCAGAGGGGAACCGCCUCAGAGAAGCAGGCAACAUCAACCAGUCCCUGAUGACUCUGAGGACGUGCAUAGAGGUUCUCCGAGAGAAUCAAAUGUGUGGAACAAAUAAGAUGGUACCAUACCGCGACUCCAAGGUCACACAUUUGUUCAAGAACUACUUUGAUGGCGAAGGCAAAGUGAGGAUGGUGGUGUGUGUCAACCCUAAAGCUGACGACUAUGAAGAAACCAUGCUCGUCAUGCGCUUUGCAGAGUUGACCCAGGAGGUAGAAGUGGACCGGCCCGCUGACCGGCCUGUCUGUGGCUUCGCGGCUGGCCGCCGGCACAAGAACCAGGCCUUCAAAGAUGAGCUAUCUCGGCGCCUGGAGGAACGUGGAGGUCCUGUGGAUGCAGAAUCCACCCAGUCGGUAAUGCACCAGCUGCUCCAGAACCUACCGCCUCUUCCCCCAAGCGAGAUCACGGACCCCCAUGAUGACAUCACCUUGCCCCGCCUCAUAGAGGUGCUGGAGAAGAGGCACAAGGUCCGGCAGAUGAUGACCCAGGAGUACAACAAGACUGCCAUCAUGCUGAAGUCGAUGCUCCAGGAUUUGGACAACAGCCUGGCCUCUAAAGAGAACUUCAUCCACGACCAGAGAGGCAAACUGGGGGACAAGGACAAGACCAUUCAAACCCAGAAAACGGAAAUGGACCGCUUGGAAAAGAAGUGCAAGAUGCUGGAGUACAAGAUUGACAUCCUGCAGAAGACCACCAAUGUCUAUGAAGAGGACAAGCGGUCCCUUCAGCAGGAGCUGGAGAGCCGCGAGCAGCGCCUGCAGCGGGAGCAGUCUGAGAAGCGACGUAUGGAACAGCGCAUGCAGAGCAUGGUCCAGGACACCAAGCUCAAGUGGGAGAAGGAGUGUGAACGUCGUGUGUGCGCCAAGCAGCUGGAGAUGCAGAACAAGCUGUGGGUGAAAGAUGAGAAGUUGAAGCAGCUCAAGGCCAUCGUGACGGAGAGCAAGACCCAGUCUGACCAGCGACCCGCCCCCGAAAAGCCCCAACGUCUUGCCCCCGAGAAACCCCAGCGCCCCUCUCGGGAGAAAGACCGCCCCCCUGCCAAGAGAUCGGCCUCGCCGUCCCCUGUCCCUACCGCCCCCCCUGUGCGCGCGGUCCACCGGCGUUCCCAUUCAGCUGGCGGGGAGAGGUGGGUGGACCACAAGCCCCCGUCCAACGUGGAGCUGGACACGGUGAUGCAGCCGGCCCUGGGCCCGAACGCCAUCAAAGUCUCCGCCCCCAGUGAGAAGGCCCUGGCCAAGUGUGAUAAGUACAUGCUGACUCACCAGGACGUGGCCUCGGACGGGGAGAUCCAGACCAAACUCAUUAAGGGUGAAGUGUUCCGUACCCGAGGGGGGGGGCAAGCUGUCCAGUUCACCGACGUUGAGACACUGAGGCAGGAGCAUCCUAUUGGACCAAGCCGUAAGAGGAGGUCGUCAGAAGGAAAUGCUGCCCAGGCAGACGACCGUGUGGAGGGAGACUGGACCGAUGUGGAAACCAGGUGUUCUAUGGCUGUAGAGAUGAGGGCUGGGUCUAAUUUGGGUCCUGGCUACCAGCAUCAUGGAUAUCAGAAACGUAGAAAACCCUGAGACUGUUCUGUCCUGCUGUGGUGCUCCAAACACUGCCUUCUCCAACCCCCCCUCACUAUGUGGCUGGUGUGCAAUAACUAACACAAAUCUUUAGCCUUCAUAACAACUAUUUAAACAUUUAGUAUUGCUUUUUUUAUGAAUGGAAUGGGAAAAAAAGUGUGUAUAUAUAGCCCACCAAAGCUUAUUUUGUAAAAUAUUUUGGUGUAUUGCAUGAUCACAUUUAAAAGCCAGUAUUACCUGAAUGGAUCUAGAUUCGGCCAAAGACUGGCAGAUACUGGUGUGGUUCGUAGCCAGCUGGACCUGUUGAUAAUAUCCAAACUUUUUUCUGGUAUACUUUUGUAUUUUCUGUGAUUUUUCAGGUUUUCUAUACUGAGGAUAUCUGCCUUUUAACAUGUGUGUGCUGUCUUGUGUGUGCUAUAUUGUGGUAGCAGCAGUAAGACAUGGCUAUUGGAGUUAGAAAGAAAACAAAUGCUGAUCUACUGGGCUAAUGUUAACAAAUUUAGUCUGCUGUUUCUUGCUUGGCAUUAUAUUUUUCAAGCCUUCAUUAAUGUUCCGUUUGAAGCUUCCGGUGUAUUAUAUUCUUCUCUGCUCAUGUCUCUGAUUUGUUUUGCUCACUAAAAGCAUUUAGGAAUAAAAUUCCUUUUACACAA